GAACAUUUCGAUAUAAUUUUUUUUUAAUUUUGACAUAAUAUUUUUAAUCGCUAAUUAAAAAUGAAUUAUCAAUGACGAAUCUCAAUCAUUUUCAGAAUACUAUAACUCAUCACAUGUUUCACAAAAUGAGCAGUUCCAUCAAUUUUUUGACUAGCUUUAAUCAUAUUGAGUAGUAAAAUCAACUGUCCAUCCAGCUUUAAUCAUAUUGAGUGGUGCCAUCAACUGUUUAUCCAGCUUUAAUCAUAUUGAGUAGUGCCAUCAACUAUUCAUCCAGCUUUAAUCAUAUUCAGUGGUGUCAUCAACUGUUCAUCUAGUUGUCAUAUUAUUGUUGGAGAAUCUUUUCGUGUUUCUAUAACUGAAGGCUAAACUUUUUCAAUCCAUUCAUCCCACCAUUCAACCUUCUUCAUUCUCUCAACUUCAUAUUUCUCUCAACACACACAAACUUUUUUUUUCCAUCAUGAGUUCCCCCAAUAGAGAAGCUGAUGAGAGGCAGCAAUCGGAUGAUGAUGCUAGGCAAAGGGAGUAUGAGUGUUAGCUUGACCGUGAUCGUCAUCAGAUGAUGGCGAUGGCAGGAGCCUUCAUGUUCCAAGAGCAAGCAUCCUCAUCUCGACAUUGUUCACAUUCACGUAAAGUUGUGAGGCGUAACAGGGUAGAAGCAAACCAACGCUUGAUGCAGCAGUAUUUCGUUCCCAAUCCAACCUACGACGCUAGGUUCUUUAGAAGGAGAUUUCAGAUUCCCCUUUCCUUGUUCAACCGAGUCAUGAGUGUCGUUGUUCAACACGACCCCUACUUCCAGCAAGGUCGAGAUGCUGCGGGUCGCCUAUCAUUCUCCCCCGAACAAAAGCUUACUACUUCCCUCUGGAUUCUUUCAAAUGGAUGCUCAGCCGACUCCCUAGAAGAGACAUUUGAUAUGGGUGAGACCACUGUACUGCAGUGUAUGCGUAAAUUUUGUAAUGCCAUUAUCUGCAUCUAUGGUCCUGAGUACUUACGAUCACCAAAUAUGGAGGAUCUUCGCGCCUUCUUCAUCACAGCAAUCAACGUGGCUUUCCGGGUAUGAUUGGUUCAAUCGCUGCAUGCAUUGGGAGUGGAAAAAUUGUCCAAUGGCGUGGCAAGGACAAUUUACUGGAUACAAGGGGAAGCCAACAAUUGUCCUGGAAGCUGUAGCAUCACGUGACACAUGGAUUCGGCAUGCCUUCUUCGAAAGUCCCGGAUCAAACAAUGACAUAAGCACGCUUGGAAUCUCCCACUGUUCGAUGAACUCGUCAGAGGAAAUCUUCCAAAAGUAAGCUAUAUAGUAAAUGGUAAAAUUUACG